UCUGGACAACAAGUAUUUAACAGCCUCGGCGGCUUGGCGCUACCGCCUUGCAUUCUUCGCGUUGUCCGCUCGCCCCUCCCUCGUUUCACCUCCUCCCUCGCACCCACCCACCGCCGCACCGCCGCACCGCUCGUGAUCUCCCGCGCGCCUACCUGCGGCCGGAGAGAUGAGCUCCACGGCGGCCGACGUCCUCCCGGCGCUGCCGCCGAUCAGGACGACCACGGCGCCGGCGCCCGCCUGCUCGUCGGCGGCCUCGUCGUCGACGGCGCUGGCGCCGGACACGGAGUCCGUAGCCUUGCCUGCGGCGGAGAAGCAGCAGCAGAUGGAGGUGGAGGUGGAGGCCAGCUCGGAGGCCCAGGAGCAGGAGGCUGAGGCGGAGGCGGAGCCCACGACGCCGACGUCGGAGGGGACCCGGCUGCGGCCGCUGGCCGAGUGCCCCCCGGCGCCGCGGAAGCCGGCAUGGGCGCCUCCGCCGCCUUCGACGCCCGCCAAGCGCAAGUUACCGUCGUCCGCGGCGCCGUCGCCGCGCCGGGCCUUCUUCCCCGUCGUGCGCGACCUCACCACCGUGUUCCGCGCCCUGCCGCCCAAGAAGCGGAUCCGCGCGGGCUGACGGCCGGACGCGGGCCCGAUCCGCGCCGCCGCGGCUCAGGUGGCCGCCAAUUGGGGUCCUAAGGCACCUGGCGUACGUGCAGGACGGUGCACCAGCAUCCACUCCUGUGCAGCGGUCGCGGAUCUGGGUGUCCUCCGCCAGGGACGACGACCACCACGGCGUCUCGUCCACCGCUCCGCCGACCUCUUCUCCUCUUCACCGCCUCCGCCGAAAGCCGGCCGCGUGCCGUGCCCGUAGUGCACCUGCACCUCGAUCGUCCUUGGAGCUGGAGGAGGACGACCAUGAUUGCAAAAGAGCUUGGUGUUGUUGCUCAUGGACUCUUGGAGUUCUUGCACUCCUUGGCUUCUCCUUCCGACCACUCCCCCUCUGUUCUAAUCAUGGUUUGCAAGGCCAUGACAUGGUACAAAGCUCUCGUACAGUGUGUUCGGUUUAUUAUUUUUUUUCCUCUGCUUUUUUAGUGGGGUUGCGUUGAGUAGAAACUGUAGAAUUGGAAAAAGGCUGUUUAUUUAUAGGGGUUAAUGAAUCGGAAAAAAAAUUGGAAAGUCUGUAAGAGGGAGAAUUCCCAGAGAUCUGUUCAUUAUAUUCGUUAUAUAAACUAUAGUUUACAGUUUGCCAAAAUCA